AUGAUAUAUCAUCAAUUGAUCAACCAAGCUAUUUACACAUUUGCUGAUCUUGGUAUAGCUGACCGACUUAUAGACGCUCCAUUGGAUUGUGGUUUUACCGUUGAAGAAAUCAUUGGUAAUGAUCAACCACAAUGGAAUAGAGAUUUGCUUUAUCGAAUAGUACGUGCAUGUAUUUAUGGCGGUAUUGUCGAAUCAAUUAAUGAUGACAAACAUUUUAUUCUUACUACAUCUGGUAUCAUGAUGACGUCAGAUCAUCCAUCACAUGUUCGAGAUCUUAUUCGUUUGAACUUUGGACCAAUGUGUACUAGCGCUGGUUUGCACUUACCAAAUAUGGUGCGUGGAGAGGGUACAGGUACUGGAAUAGCUCGUGUUUCGGGUGGUAUGGAUUUUUAUACACUUAUGAGUCAACCGGAUCAAGAUGAAUUCUUAAAACUAUUUAGUGGUGCUAUGACAGCAUUUUCAAUGCAAAAUGGCUCUCAAUUGGUGACAGCUGUCGAUUUUGGUCGUUUCAAAACCAUUGUCGAUAUUGGUGGUAAUCGUGGAACAUUCUUAGCUCAACUUCUCGAAAAGUAUCCAUCGAUUCAACAUGGAACUGUCUUUGAUUUACCACAUAUUGUUAAUAAAUUUAACAAUGGUGAAGAGUUCGAAUCACGUAAAAUACAUGAAGACAAAUGGAGUUUUGUUUCUGGUAAUAUCUAUGAUUCAUCAACUGUUCCAUUAGCAGAUGCCUAUGUAUUAAAACAUAUUUUACACGAUUUCGAUGAUAAUAAAUGUUUGGAAAUUUUAUCAUCGAUUUGUAAAGCUAAUGACAAUCAAAAAGAUACACCAACGACUAUAUUCAUAAUUGAACAUGUAAUUUUACCGGAUCACGCUUUAAGUAAUUGGCAAUCACAUGCAUUCGAUGUCGGAAUGGCGAUUUCAUUAGACGAUGCUCGUGAACGUACACAAGAUGAAUAUGAACAAUUAUUGAAUAAAGCUGGAUUUGAACUGAAAAAAAUAUAUCCAAUUCAAACACCAGAUUCUAUCAUCGAAGCGGUAAUUGUUCACUAA